AUGGAUGAGCUGGUGCAGGACCUGGUGUCUGCCCUGGAGCACACCUCGGAACAAAGUAAGCUCGGGAAACUGUGGGAAGAAAGAGUUCUGAGCCCACUUCACCAGCGGCGGCAGGUUCGCCGUCAAAGAGGCCGCGAGCUUCGUUGUGAAUCCUCGGCCUGUCCUGAGCAAAGACGCUACUGGAUCGAAGCAUCAGAGUCCAGUUUAGACAAAACAUCUCCAAACUCCUGGCGGAACUCUCAGCCUGCUUUGGCAACGUCGGCGCCCUGCAGCAACUCUGAUAAUGAUUCUGCAACCAACCAGUGGCACUCCCGAGUGAUCCGCCCGAUCAGGACCAGGCAGCCCUCAUGGCCUGAGUCAGACUCCUUAUCUGAGAAUAAUCUAGGACGGCCACUCAAGAGGAAGAUUAAAUGUGUGACCCCGAAUGUUCGAGUCAGAUUGCAGCAAAAGCUAAAUGUUUCUGCCAUAGAAAGGAAACUGAGGCCCAGGACUUCUAGGAUACAGCAUCUCUCAAGAUUGAAGAACAACUCCAGCGCUUGGGUCAGACAAGACAGGAAGGUUGAUGGUGUCAGACUGAUGGGAAAGCAGUGCUGGAAUAGAGAGAUCACGCUGGAACAUCAAGAUGCUGCAGAGGAGAAAAUGUCUGAUGGUGAAAGCAGCAGUAACUGCAGCAGUGACCCUGGCCUUUUCACCAAUGAUGAAGGGAGGCAAGGUGAUGAUGAGCAGAGCGACUGGUUCUUUGAGGGGGACUGUGCAAUAGGAUCCAACAUGCCCAGCUUGUUGCCCACCUGGGACACAGACAGUCGGAACUCCAGAAAUGACAGACGCCUCUCUCCUACCUCUCUGCCGUCUCUGAGAGGUUGUGCUUUGUUUUGUCUUUUUGGGAAGACUUGGUGA